UGUCCCUCCGUCGUUCGCUCUGAUUUCCACCGAACAAGCACCACCAAGGCAAAGCAGCUAAACAGGCCGUUUGGCCUGCGCCUGUAAUAAUGGCAGCGCUUUUGCCCUUCAAGGUGCCUCAAAUCAGCGAGGCUGAUAUGUUUGCUUUCCAUGAAGCCCACUUCUCCAACCUGUCUACGGGUCAUUUCGAGUCUCACUUCCUUCGUCCAGAUGACUCGGUUGUCGCUGCAAGCGCCGCAACUGAGGGGCUGGAAAGCGGCAAUGCCGAAGAGGAGUAUUACUACGAAGAGUACGAAGAAGGUUACGACGAGGACGAUGACGGCCUGGGCUAUUACCCCGACGGCGUCAAACGGACUCUGACAGAUGAGCAAAUCGCCAUCUUCCGGCACUCGGAACUCGAAGCCAUGCGUCGUGUGAGGGAGUCUGCCAAGAUCAAGAAGGUCAUGGAUCCCGCGGCGGACGGCGUCGUUGUUAUCGAGGGUGCUAUAGGGGAGCAGCUCUCGGAGGGCGAGGUCGAUUCUUCUCCAAGAGAAGCGGUGGCGGGGGCGGGACCUUCGCAGCAGCAACAGCAGCAGCAGCAGAAGAAAAAGAAGAGCACCAACAACAAGAGCAAGAACAAGCGUCGCGGAGGCAAGAAGAACAACAACAACAACAGGCCUGACGGAGGUGAGCAGAUCGAUUUGCGCAAGCGAACGUGGGAUGUUGUCGACAAGGGACUUGCUUCUUUGGACUAUGGAGAGGAAGAACAUGGUCAGCCUUCCGAUGAGAGAGCGAUGCAGAGACGUCGGAUUUCGUAUGAUGAUUGAAGAGCUAGAUGGAAUAGCUUCAGCACUCUCUUGAUACAGCAUGCGCUGGCGGGGUAACUCACACAACGCAGUCUACGACAGGCCACCAGGGCAACUAGUUAGGUGUCCCUGCGUGCUCAUACGUGGGACUUGGUCAAUGAUACAAUGUUUGACAUGUCGAACACGAAAGUUCUCACGAAACAUU